AUGGCGAGGGUCGCGCCCGCAACGAAGGCAUCGUCAUCCACUAAGGCCGCGGUGGCCGUCGGCGCAGCGGCCGGCGCCGGCGCCACACUCACGGCGUCGCAGACCGACGUCCUCGGACCGCUCUCUGGAAUUCUGGCGGCACUCCCAGCGGUCGCGCCGCCGCCGCUCAACAUGUGUCUGAUGCCGUUUGCGCAUGGAUUAGCCGAACUCGGCCUCGCGGUGCGCCAGGUGCGCUUCAACAAGGAGGCCGCGGCGCUGCUGCAGCGCCGCGGAGUUGAGAUCGCCCAGAAGCUCCAGGACGUCGUCAAAGCGACGCAGGGCCUGCCGACGGGACAGGUCGAGGCCGUCGCUCGGACGGUGACGGCCAUCGGCCAGGCGCUCGACGAGGCGGCGAAAUUUAUUCAACAAUUCUCGAAGAAGGGCGCGUUCGCGAAGCUCUGCUCCGGCUCGCUCGACGCGCGGCGCUUCGGCCUCCUCGACAAGCGGCUCUGUGAGCUCAGCAACGAGCUCGGCUCGGCGUUGGACCUCCAACAGCUCGCGCUGCAGGCGCAGCGCUUCGAGAAGAUCGAGGGCUUGAUCCAGCUUCUGGGCCAGCAGACGGUCGACGCGAACAACCAGGCGGCGGCGCAGCGGGCAGCGAUCAUGUGCGGCAUCCCGAAGGGCAGCGCCGUCGAGCGCGAGGAGCUCUCGGCGCUCGGGCUCAAGCUGGACCGGAUCGCCGAGGACGUGAGCACAGUCAUCGACCAGAACGCGCGCCAGCAGGAUUCGCUCGACGAGCUCAAGGCCGGGGUCCAGCAACUGCUCGCGAACGAAGCCGCGGCGCAGGAGCGCUUCAUGUACGAUCCGUACGACUCGGACGACUCGGACCAGGAGGCGUCGCUCCUGGGCGAGGGCUCCUUCGGCACGACGCACAGGAUGAAGAACAAGGACGACGGUCGCCUGUACGCCGUCAAGCUCAUGAAGAUCAAAAAGACGGGCGUCGGCGUCAAAAAGCUACGGGAAGAGGCGGCACGGCUCUCGAUGCUGAACCAUCCGAACAUCGUCCGCUACUUCACAGCCUUUCGCUUCAAGAAGGACAAGUUUUAUGCGAUUGCCAUGGAGUUUCUGGCCGGGGGCUCGCUACUCGCCCGCAUCGAGCGGGAGCGCGGGCCUCUCACGUGCGGUCAGCGAGAGCGCGAGGAGCAGACCUCGCAGUGGGCGCGGCAGGUCGCUUCGGCGCUCGCGUACAUGCAUGGCCUGCGGAUGCAACAUCGCGAUCUGAAACCGGACAACGUGCUCUUCGACGAGCACCAAAACGCGCGAAUCAUCGACCUGGGGCUCGCCGAAGUCGUCCUCGCCAAGAGCAAGGUCUCUUCGGCGGGCGGCGCCAACAAGGUCGGCGCUGACAUGUACCGAUCCCCGGAGAAGGCGAUGGGCAGGGCCUACGACGGCAAGGACGACGUCUGGGCCCUGGGGUGCAUGCUCGGCGGCGCGGUCACGGGAAAGCUUGUAGAGGCUCGCAGCACGGGUGUUUUCGCGCUCGACCCCAAGGCCGUGAAGGCGCUGAUCGACGAGACCAACGCCGCGUCGGCCAGGUUCGGCUGCCUUGUCGCCGCGAUGCUCGAGCAUAAUCCGAUGAAGCGACCCGCGGCGCAGGGCGUCGAGUGGGCACUCGCAACCGGCGCAUCGGUAUUCGCGGGUGGCGCCACGAUCGUCGAGGAGGAGGAGGAGGACGAGGAGGACGAGGCCGAGGCCGAGCAGCGGCGCCGCGCAGCCGAAGCCGAGGCCGCCAGGGAAAGGCGGCAACGCCUCGCCGCCGAAGCAGAGGCGAAGGCCGCUGAGGAGAGGCGGCAGCGUCUCGCCGCCGAAGCACAGGCCGCCGAGGCAGAGCGGAAGCUUCGCGCCGCUGAAGCGGCCGCCGAGGAGAAAAAGCGGCGCGAAGCCGCCGCCGCCGCCAAGGCCGAGGAGGAGAAGCGAAAGCGCGGCACGAUAGAGGAUCUCGGGUGCUUUACCGGUGGACCACGUCUCAACCACGGCAGUGCCGCACUGGGGUGGAAGUAUCAUUCAAACGAUGAGAUCGCUCGCUGCUUCCAAGAUCGCUUCUUACCGGAGCUCCAACGCAACGGCGGCGUGGGGUACUUCGGCAUUGAGUGCGGAGGCGAAAUAUUCUGGUGCUUUGAGAAGGACCGUCAUCGACUCUCGGAGGGUGGUCGUCACAGGAAAGGCGAUCACGGUUAUCACCACACCGGGCGCAACCACCAGAACAUUAGAAUUCCCGGUUUCUCAGGCGCAAUUAACCACAUCGGUGGAGACGGUGAGCUCCAGAUACACAAGGUCACGCUCGGCGGCUCCGGGCAGGCGUGCCACGGCGGCAAGGAGCACUACAGCAGGGCCGCGAAGAAGCUGGAAGACGCGCAAAAGCUGGACCAGUUCGCCCAUCACAUGCAGACGGUCCAGACCGUCGGGCUUUUCAACCGCGCCACCGGCCGUUGGGUGCGCGUCACCGACCACGGCGGUGCCGACAGCCCGGCGAUUGGCGGGUUUAAUCAGGGCUGGAUGUGGGAGCGCUUCGAGAUGCAUAACGUCGGUCACGGGCAGAUCGGGCUCUACAACUACAAGACUGACCGCUGGCUGCGUGUCAACGACCAUGGCGGCGCCGACUCACCGGCCAAGGGCCAAGCGUUUAAUCAGGGCUGGCAGUGGGAGCGCUUCGUCGUGAGGCAUAAUCGCGACGGCACCGUGGGCUUGCACAAUCCGGCGACCAACCGCUGGCUGCGCGUCACCGACCAGGGCGGCGUGGACAGCCCUGCGAUGGGGCAUUGGCAGCACCAGUGGCAGUGGGAGCGCUUCGAGCUGCGCCCGGUGCCGCCGCUUCGCACCGUCCAGGACGUGCGUGGGCAGGCCAAUGAGGCGGCCCACGAGGCGCAGCGCGAGGCGGACCGCGGGUUGGACGCGGUCGGCGGCGGCGUACCCACGGCGAAUGCGACGCUCGAGUACAUGGGCCUGUGGCGCGACGAUUGGGGACGCACCUUUCCACCGAUGCCGAGCCCGCUGCCAGGCUGCAAGCCCCAGGAAGGUGGCAAGUUCUACUGGUCUCGCGACGUUGCGGCGUCAGUACAGCAGCUCGUCGAUCGCAUCGCGCGCGAGGGCCACACCGUCGGCUAUCUUGCCCUGCAGUAUCCAUGUGGUGAAGGCGUCGCUGUCUUUGAGUCGGUGGGUCCUGCUGAGCAUUUCCGUCGGGUGGGUGCGGGGGGCUCGGCCGGCCGGAGCACCCGUGUGCGUGUGCCAGGCGUGGUGGGUGUAAUCGAAGCGCAGGGUGGCGGGUUGACCAAUGCCGUGUACAAGAUCACGUUGUCCGGCAGCCCAGCCCGCGGCCGGGGCGCCGCGCAUGUUUUCCAAGGUAAAUGGAAACCAAUCUGGGUGGAACAUUGGGGUCAUCCGGGGGGCCGUGACUCGCGCACGCAUGAGACGUGGUUUGCGGACGGCACUGGCACAUGGCAGACCCAAGGCUGGUCUGGUACGUUUGCGAAGGCUGAGCCCAUUGCGGGCGAGAAGGGAGCCUACUUGGUGACACUUGGACCUGGUGAUUAUGCGGGAAGUCAGAUCAAGCGCCUUACGCUUGAUGAUAAUACGUGCCAUUGGCCUGAACCAAAUGAGUACUUUACGCGCGUGGAGGCCGUACCGCAGGGGACCGGUGGAGAGGUAUGGGAAUCGCCGCCGGACAGCUGCGCUUGUAGUAUUCAAUAGCGCCGAGGCGGAGCGAAGACGCCGUGCCGCCGCCGCCAAGGCCGAGGAGGAGAAGCGACGGCGCGAAGCCGAGAAAAUAGACCUGUCGAAGCUCGCAGAGCUGCGGACGCUGAGAGCGCACUCGAAGACCUUGUGGCGCGUCGUCGAGGGGGAAACUAAUAACUGUG